CUAACCGUGUUGGAAAAGUGUUACAGCGCCACCUUCCGGAUAGACGACAGUUUAUUUGAUACAGGAGAACGGCAUUUCUAUUUUAUUUGAAGGCCAGUAUUUAGCCUUGCCGUUUGAUUAUCCACGCAUUGCUUGAUGAUGACCAGUUUAUUCUGUAGUCUGUAGGUUUUUACCAGUUUUAAAUAGCCAUCAUGAAAGUAAUGCCUUACUGGUAGCCAUGUCAAUGUCUGUGUGUCCUGUGAGGCCGUACUGUACUACUAGAAGAUGGGUGGAGCGGUGAGUGCUGGAGAAGACAAUGAUGAGCUAAUCGACAAUCUGAAAGAGGCCCACUAUAUCCGGUCUGACCUGGUGGAGCAGGCAUUCCGGGCCAUCGACCGAGCAGACUACUACCUGGAGGAGUUCAGAGACAAUGCCUACAAGGACUUGGCUUGGAGACAUGGGAAUAUUCACCUCUCCGCUCCCUGCAUCUACUCUGAGGUGAUGGAAGCCUUGGACCUGCAGCCAGGACUCUCCUUUCUGAACCUGGGCAGUGGGACUGGAUAUCUCAGCACUAUGGUGGGACUGAUUAUAGGUCCAUUUGGUGUAAACCAUGGCGUGGAGCUGCAUGCUGAUGUUAUCGAGUAUGCCUACCAGAAGCUGGACACUUUCAUUAAGACUUGUGACAGCUUUGACAAGUUUGAGUUCUGUGAACCCUCGUUUGUGGUUGGGAAUUGUCUUGAGAUCACCCCGGAAAGCCGCCAGUACGAUCGAGUUUACUGUGGUGCUGGGGUGCAGAAGGAGCACGAGAACUACAUGAAAAACAUGCUCAAAGUUGGAGGAAUUCUAGUCCUGCCGCUGGAGGAGAAGCUAACCAAGAUCACCCGCACAGGGUAUAAUAUCUGGGAAACCAAAAAGAUCAUUGCUGUCUCCUUUGCACCACUGGCACAGCCAAAGAACAGGGAUACUGGGAAAUCCAAAGCCAUCCCUCUUCCUACAUUGGAAGUCCGUACCCUGCAGGACCUGUCACGAAUUACCAUCCGGCACACUCUAAAACAGAUAGAAAACUUUGAGAGAGUGAAAAAUUACAACCUCAUCAAGAAUGCUCGGAAGUUUAAGCGCAGGAGGGUGCACAGGCGAUGCCUGGACUCCGUCAUGCUAACGAACAAGCACCUGUUUGUGAACCGCAUGGUCCCGCACCCUAUGGACGACAACAACAACUGCAAUGAGGUGGCUGAAUAUAGGCAGGAGGAUGAGGAAGAGGAGGAGGAGGAAGAGGAGGAGGAGGAGAGAGAGCACUGCGAUCUGAAACCUGAGCCUCUCAUCAACUUACUGAGGGAGAAGAUCCUCAGCCUGCCACUGCCUGAGCCCCUCAAAAUGUAUCUGCUCUAUUACAGGGAAAAAUAAGCACACCACUCUGAUGGGAACGAUUCGGCGUACAAUAUUGUAAAGAAUAUGCCCCUACAAGCAACCUACUGGCAAUCCAGACACCCACUGUUUUAAAGAAUGCCCUCGAAUGCACUUGUCCUGCAAUAGCAGCGCAAGAACUGACCUUUCUUAUACACUGUAGGGACCCAUGCAUCAGAUAAACCAACCCUACGCAUCUCCCAUCUAAAUGAUCCAUGGUUAGGAUACUUAAGAAAGCACUUAAUUCUGUUAACCCUCAUCCAUUUUUAAUAUAAGCAUAAUAUACGGUUUACCAAGCAAUGUCUGUUUGAGUGCCCGCAGUCCUUAUUGUAAGCUGCAGGCAUUCAAGGAGAAGGUCUUUCAUCACUAGACAGACCAAUGCGGACCUCAUCUGUUAUAUUGGAGUUUAAGAAUCAUUGCUCCUGAAUAGAAUAAUAGCACACCAUUCCUAUGUGUCUGAUGAGUUCUUCACAGUGCUGUAAUGGCAAGUGCAAACUGAGUGUCGUAGGAUAUUUCUAGUAUUAUAAUUUAAGAAAUAAAUAGAUAUAAAAACAUAAUAAAUAAAAGUAAGUUAUUCUCAGGUUGCAUUAUAGACAGUAAACAGUUUUGAAGAUGUUCUUACAAAAAAUAAGUUGUAACAGACAACCAAUGGAGAACAGUGUCCUGAAAUAGUCCCCCUGCUGAAACCACACGUUCUCCCACAGCAUAAACUCACUGUCUGAUAGAGAACUGCCAUUGACCAGGCUUUUUGUGAGGGAACCAAAAAGAAAAGCCAGUUGGAUACAUAAAAGGCAUAAGCAGCAAGUCGUGUUUAAAGGAAAUAUUUAAAAUAAAUAAAUAAAUACAUUUAAAGAAAAUAAAUACAAAUUUGACCUGGAUCCUUUUGAAAUAUUUAUAGCACAAGUUACCUUCAGUGAGCCCGAUCUCUCGUCUGCCCAUACAGUAACAUAAAAAAAAAAGUUUUUCAUACCUGUUUCAUUUUUUAUUAUAUAUAUUUUUGUUUAAUUAUAGUAAAUGCUAAAUACACAACACCACUACUCCAUACCAACUUCACCACCUGUUAUAUUUCAAAUAUUGUAUUGAACUGCCUGUUUUGAUGUUUUGUAGUGAAGUAUGAUGAAGGUUUCUGUUUGGGCUUUUCACAGAUACAAGUAGGUUGUGAAAUUGUUCAGAUAACUCGGGUGCCACAUUCAUUUGAACUUGAUUCUCAAAUUGUGAUCAUCAAAGGAGUCAAAAUCAUAUUUUAACCAACUAACCUAGCAAUUCAAAUGGUUAUUGAAUGGGCAUUGUAUCCUCAGCGUCACUUGUUAAACAUCUGAUCAGCAAGAAUCUACUGCAAAACUUUCCCACAACCUGCAAGAACAAGCUAAUAUAAAAUGAAUCCACCUCACUACAGUGCCAUUUUUUUUUUAUUUUGAUUGUGGACCACCAGUUUUUUACUUCUUUUUUUUUUUUUAAAUGAAAAGGACAAGAAUGCUUGUACAACGUGUGUUAAGAACUACUUCAUUUUUCCUUUACAGAUAAAUAAACUUGCUGCAGAAUUUAAAAACUGCACCUGACCUAGCAUACCAGAAAAAUCUGAAAAAUGUAGAAAACAGUUUAAAUAAGCCUGAGAAGUGACUUUUAUUUAAGAAAAAGAUAUGUAUAUAUUUAAACAAACCUAUAUACAUUACAUAGGCAGAGGGACUAUGUGUUUUAACCUAGAUAUUAAGAAGUAAGACUGUCUUUACGGUUUAGGGCCUACUAAUUGUUUUUUACCUUGAAGAGAAGAGUUAAGUAUAUAUUUGUAUAUUAUUGGGAUCUUAGAUACUGGGCUGGUAGUGUAACGUGCCAAGUAUAAACUCUUCCAUACUUGCUGUGAUUUCCUUUUGAUAAUGUGUUGUAACUUCACCAGCUCCAAUCCUUUAUUUAUGUCAAAAAAACAACUUAGACUAAAGUGUAUUUUCUUGCUUGAAACCUGCCCUUCUUAAAGGAUGUCUCCUAUAGAACUUUCCUCUGUAACGUAUCAUUAGGGUUUUCUGAGGUUUACAGUUUUGCAACGUCAGUGUUGGAGCUUUUGCACACAAAGGGUGUGAAUAAAGAGAUGUACUGAUUAAUAAAAUGUUUAUUGUUAUAAGUAAAUAAAAACGACUCCUAUAUGUGGAAA